AUGAAGCUCAGCACACUGGUAUCUCUAUGCCUAGCACUCCAAACACACGCGACAGCAAUCCCUCCCACAAAAAACCAAGGCUCCUUCAACUGGCACACAAAAAAAUCUCUCCUAGCCUUCGGCGACAGCUACACCUACAUCCAAGGGACCCACGGCCACCAGAACUACUCCUUCAUCAACGACAACCUAAACCUCGCCUUCACCCCCGCCCAACUCUUCGCCAACCGCAUCGUCCAAGAUUUCACCGGCACAGCAGAAGAUGGCCCGAACUGGGUUGAAUACCUUACCAACUGCGGCGUCCAACCUGGCCUCCACGACCCGCAAGACUGCGCUAUCCAACUCUGGGAUUUCGCAUACGCAGGCGCGGAUGUGGUGGAAGAAGCGGGUGUGACGCCACUGCAUCACAACCACACUGUGUCAUUUGAACGCCAGGUAGAGCAGUUUGUGCGAUAUGGUAAUCCUGCGCUGGAAUUGAUUCAGCUGAGUAAGGAAGAUGCACUGGUGGCUGUAUGGAUUGGAAUCAACGAUAUUAAUGAUCUUGUUGGCACGCAGAGUAGAAACGCUAGUUUCGCGCCUCUGUACGAAAAGGUUCAAAAGGAUAUUUUCAAGAACGUUGAAAGGGUCUAUGAAUUGGGAUAUCGGAACUUUCUAUUCAUGAACCUCCCGCCUCUGGACCGCGGACCGGGUACGCCAAGCGUGAAUGCCUCGCUUGUGGAGGUGUUCAAUAGGAUUCAUGUGGAGCAUACAGAUGCGUUUCGAGAAGAACAUUGCGAGGCGACGGUGUUGCAGUUUGAUGUUAAUGGCGUGUUGAAUCGUGUGUUGGGUGAGUACCAGGACUAUGGGUUUAGUAAUGUCACCGACUUUUGCCCGGGGUACAAUCAACCAGAUAUCCUAUCCCACCCGGAGAAGUAUGUAUGUACGGAUUUGGAUACGUAUUUUUGGUUUAACUCGGGGCAUUUGACGAGUCGGACACACGAGAUUAUGACGGAGGUGUUGAGGGAGUGGUUGGGAGGCCAGUGA